UAGAAUUGACUACGAUGACCGGGAGCGCAGAAGGACCCCCGCCUAAGGCGCCAAAAAUCCUGGCGCUGCUCCUGGGUUAAUAUGCAACAGUUUGCUACUUUAACCAGAGUUACCAAACAGCUCAGUUUAACCACAACACUGGAUUAAUUUCAAUGUAUACAACAAAUUUAUUUAACUACAAAGAGGUUUUAAGUGAGUACAAGUAUAAAAUAUUAGAGUCAGAAAUGAAGAGAAAUAAAGAUGAAAAUGCUUUUUAGUAGCUAAAAUUUAACAAACGAGACUUGGUUCAAGGUAAACUCCUUACCACAUGCUCCCAGCAACAGGGCUGGCCAAAUUCUCAGAUCAGGAUCCCUGCCCCCGCCCCCACCCCAAAGUCAAAGGGCCGGUUCCUUUGUCUUCCUAGGUGAAAGAGAGAGAGAUAGGAAGAGAGAGCCUGGGGUAUGGUGCCCUUCAUUUUUAUAGUCCAGUCACCCUUUGAAAUGCAUUUCCCUGAUGGUUACCUCUAGAUAAAGUUCCUUCCAGCUGUGAGGACGGAGACAUGGAGUCUCGUGGUAAAAAGGGGUUCCAUGUUGGUGCUUGCUAAAAUGCAAAUCGAUCUGUUGCUGCCUCCCUUUGUUUUCAAGGAAUGGACACAUGACAGGUGAUGGCCAAUCAACUUUGAUGACACUUGGCUAGAGGCGUCAGCUUGUCCUCUGUCUUUGAGAAACCAGUUUACCCCUUCUUGUUGUCUCGAAGACCCUGUUGACUACGUAUGUAAAUUGAGAUAAACAUACAUUCCUUUGUUUAGGAUAGGCCUGUUUAACAACUUUUGCCCAGUUGUGGCUGUGUGGUGUGAACAUGUGCUAACAACAGCAUACAGGGGGAAUUCAUAACUCUACAUCUAAUGUUGCUACACACAUUUCACUAUGAUGUUAUUGACCAGUGAGUUAUUAGUUUUCAAAUGAUGCCUCACAAGGUGUAUUAUUACAAAGAUUAUUGCAAUAGUGUGUAGGGUGUGAAUACCAAGAUGCUUUAGGUCACAUCUUGCACUUUGUACUCUUGAAUUUCAUCCCAUUUCAGUCACUCCCAUCUUCAAGGUCAUCCAGGUCUUUCUAUAUAAUGUUCCGAUCCUCCUCUUGAUUGACAAUACCUCCCAACUUGGUAUUAUCAACACAUUUUGUUAGCGCACUCCUGCUUCUUGUGCCAAAGUCGUCAUUAAAAAUGUUGAAUAAGAUUGGUUUCAAGACCAAUCCUUGGGGAGCUCCUCUAGUAGCCUCCCUAAAGAAAGUUAAGACUCUCUCUUGUUAGCUGGGAGAUCUGGCAAAUAUUGUUUGCAGAUGGCUCACACAAUAUAGAAAAUGGGGUGAGGGGGAAAUCGCAUAAUAAGUACAAAAAACUACACCAAAGCAGAAAUGGAUUUCAACAAGAUGCCUGAUGUAGGCGUGGACUGAUAGUGUUUUUUUUUUCCAAAACUUAAUGGUAAAAUAGUCUGAACAAACCAAAGCAUUAGGUAAGUAUGUGACCCAUCGUACCCCAAGGGAUGAUCACAGAUUGGAGGAAGUUUGCCCAUACCUAAUUACAAGUUUGUUGAAGAGUACAGUAUCAACCCCAUACUACUGGAACUGCAGUGCUGCACCUUUUAAAAACACAAUUACUCAUUCGAGCAUGCAAUACAUCUUCGGUUCAAAAUCCCAUCUUCUCUAGUGUAUCUAUUGAUUAGUGAAUGCAAGUCAGAUCAUUCCUGCUUAUCAACCUGGUGAAGCUGUCACAUACAGUAGAUGGGAAACUAAUUGAACUGCUCCUUGAAACUAUUGAAACUAAUUGAGCUCCUUGAACUUGCCAUGUGUUUCUCUAGUACAAACCCGGCCUCCAGUGCCGGCGGUGAAAUGGAGAAUGCGUCACUUUCCUUUCAUAAAUCCUGGGUCUACUCUUCUGCUUGAACUGAAUCUCCCACUUGCCCUCCUCUCAACCCAACUCAACCCCCUCCCUCCCUUUGUACCAUCCAUAUCCUGGAUAAUACGUACAAAUCUAGGGGAGAGGGUUGGAUCCCACUGAAGUUGGGAAUAUUUCGAUUGGAUACCUUUUCUUCCUCUCCACAAAAAGACAUCUACUUUGGGGUACAUAUUAGCUCAGUCUUGUGUAGUAUUUAGACAUACUACAUAUGUCUAUUUUAUUUUAUUUUAUUACCAAUGUACCUAUAUUCGUGAAACUGCAUCAGUACACCACUUCUACAUUAGGGUUUUGCACAGGUACAGCUACAUCAUUGCAGCUAGAAAAGGCCUUCCUAACUAGCAGGAGCCCUCAAGGGCUGCCUCUCCCCUUAAUCCAUAGCUGGUAAUCUCGCAUAGGUGCAGACACAUGAAGUUACAUCUUGAUUACAUGUAGCAGCUACACAGAUGCCUGUGUCACUUCCGCAGCUCAGCAGGUAAGAAGCAAGGCUGUCUUCUUAGAGACUGUCUAUAUAGCAAGAGCUGUACAUGGGCUACCCUACCCAGUCUAGCUUGACUCCAGGUAGGCCGGGUAACAAUAGCAGUGAAGAUAGUAGCGCAAGCUAGCAAACGGUACUCGGAUACGUGCUAGGGAGCUCGUAUUACCUACCUAUGCUCCACUGUCUUCACUUCUAAUGUUAUGCACACUAACUUGAUUCAAGCUAGCUUGAGUAGGCUAGACAGUGCAGAGCUUUUGUCUAUAGUAGAUGGACCCUAGGUGGCAAUACCAUGGAGACGGGAGGUUUUGCGGCCCAGAGUAGCAGUGGCAUGGCAAAGCAGUGGUUUAAGAAUUCAUGCUGAUGGGUGACAACUUGAUAUUUGUAUGAAUUCCGUGGCUUCCUCCUACCACAAGCCUCUUCCAUUCAGUGAUUCCCUCACAUACAUAUCCCAUUCACUGCCAUACUUCCCCACUCCCCUUCAUAAUCUGCUGAACCCUCCUCUUACAGUCAUACGCUGCCCUCAGAUUAUCUGGUUGUUCCUGUUAAAGUGCUCCGCAUCUUUAGCUUUGCCAUCUUUAGGGUUCAAGUAAAUGAAUGGGGUAGUUCGUGCCUAUAGGAGCCAUAGUUUUAGACUGUCUACAAGCUCAUUUAAACAGUACUACACUGCUUACAGCCACUUCACCUUUUCAAAGUUAUCUUCACCAUUCCGAAAGCCAGAAGCAGGCAACCAAACUUAUUUAAGAAAUGUUUGUUUUAAAUUGUGCUCAGGAUAAGACUUAGCACUUACAAAGCAAAGCGUGUUACACCCACUAGUUAAUGUACAAUUCAUUAACUUUCUCAGCUCUCCUUGUGAGCUGGAAAAGUAGUAGAAUACCCUUGGGGAUACUGAGGCAUGGAGCAGGUAAGUAACCAAGGCCACAGAAUCAGUGGUAGAGCUGGAACUAGUGGCAGGAGUUCCUUCUUCCCAGUCCCUGGCUCAGUUACCUAGACCAUCCUGCCUCUUAUAGUGUUGCAAUGACAAACUCCUCAGGUGUGUGUUGGGGAACUAUUUUUAUUCCUCGACUUUUGGAACACCCCCAUUCACGCUGGGUCUGCGAAGAAGCAUGUAAGAGCUGAUUAACAGCUGGUUCCUGCCUGUUUAGACAGCUCUGACAAUGCAUCCCUUCUUUUCAAGGUGACAGGAACACCCAGCGGCCUAAUGGUUACAGAAGUGUCUAUUCUUUCCCAGUGACAUUUAUUGUGAAAUAUCUGAGUGGGACUGAGAGACAUGCAAGGCUUUCUCCCUCCUUAUCAGGCGACCCUGGUCAGUGUCCUGCUGUCAAGGACUAAAGUAAUUUAUGUCAGAGCUGCAAGUGUUUACUUAUCUACCCCAGCGACUGGCUGAGGCGAAAUCAGCCAGACUGGCUCCUUUGUCUCACGGGCUUUUUCCUGCCAGUGGGAAAAAUGAGGCACUGGGCGCUAUUACCACGCCACCGAGCCAUGUCACGCUUUGGAAAAAACAGCACAGAAGGUGUAAGAAGUGGUGCCAUACAUGGAGCAGCCCAGUCUCCUGUGGCCACCCUUAAGCUGACAUGAGAACACUGAUAGCCGCCGCUAUCAAAAAUGUUACUACAACUCUGGCACAGAUGGAAAAUUUAAAGUGCCAGCUAGCAAAAGCCAGUGCUGCUCUAACGACAGAUGACAUCCAAAAUCAAUCCCCCGUUUGGGGUUUACAAGUAUCUUCGCAUCAGCUUCAGCAGCUUCACCAUCAGUGAGAUAAGCCGUACAAACAAAAUACCUCCUUGUAAAUGGUACAAUGUUGCUUGGACAGACUUCAGUGUUGAAUGUCAAAUCUGCAUGUGCGUCUCUCUGCCCCGGGGAGUGUGCAUGUGAAUACAAAGCAAGUGAACAAUCCGAACACCGGGCAGCAGAACCCGUUUGGCAGCUUUGACUAAGCCGUGCCGCCUUUCUGCUGCUGGGUUAAAGAAACGUAAACCAGUAGAGCAAGUUGGACCGAAAAGAAAAAUUAUGGCUUAUUGUCUGUGCAAGUUCAGCCACACUGCUCCCUUCUAUCUCCCAUGUACCAAAUGACUGGCGAUUGUCCUCGACUUAACGCAAGCGACUGCCGGAGGAGUCGAGCGAGAGAGAGGAGCAGUAACACAGCGACUGAACGAUAAGAAAAACCAACAACUUUGAACUGGAAGCAGAAGAUUCACAUACCCACAAGGCAUGUGGGUAGACCCUGAACAUGGCCACAGAAAGUUUUGCAGACUUCUUGAAUAAGCUCAAGGAAAUCCAUGAGAAAGAGGUCUUAGGACUGCAAACAAAGCUCACAGAGCUGACAACAGAGAAGUGUCGAGAUGCCCAGAGAAUUGAAGAGCUAUUUGCUAAAAACCACCAGCUAAGGGAACAGCAGAAGAUCCUUAAAGAAAAUGUGAAAGUGUUAGAAAACAGGUUGAGAGCAGGUCUCUGUGACAGAUGCAUGGUUGCCCAGGAGCUCGCCAAGAAGAAGCAGAAUGAGUAUGAGAACUCCCACUUCCAGAGUCUCCAGCACAUCUUCAUCCUCACUAAUGAAAUGAACAGGCUGAAGGAAGAAAAUAAAAACCUGAAGGAAGAACUGAAGAGGCUACGGAGCCUGGAUGACAGAACAAAGCACCAAAGAACCCUCCCCAGAGAAAGCAGCUCCAUCCCGGACUCACCUUUGGCUUUACUCUCCUCAGUAAGCCGGAAACCCAGCACAGACAAAGCGACUAGCAGAGAAGCAGAAGAAGGGUAUCAUGAACAGCCUGGCGAACAGCUGGGAGAAGAGACAUCUGCAGGACAGAGAUGUUCUCUGGGCAGUAGGAUUUCUCCAAGUGCUGUUCUCCAAGAAGCACAUGCUCUGGAAAUGACUUCUCAGAGGAUAGCUAACCAGCUGCACGGAACCAUCGCUUUGGUGAGACCUGGCUCCAGACUGUGCCUCCCUGAAAAAAUCUCGGCCAGGAGAGCAACAUCACCAGCAGCAAGAAAAAACUCACUGUUCCUGGAGCGUGAGCGCAGCCCCAGCCAUGAGGCUUGCUUAAGAACAAACAAACCAGAUUCCCACAAAGCCACUUCGUCCUAUGGAACUCUACCGCUGACCACCAGGCAGGAGCAGCUCUGCCUUCUUAACAACCAUUUCUCUCUGCCCCAGUUUGGACUCAGGAGUAACAGCGCUUCUGCAGAUAGGGACAAUAGCUUGCCAAGCCACUUGCUACAGGCCAGAGAGACUGAAGACAGAACAAGGCUGCAGGAGGAAUGGGAAGAUCAGGCCGCCAUUUUAGAACUCCCUGGAGCUGUGGUGUACAUGCGGGACCAGCAUUUGGAGGAGAGGCUUCCGUUUCUUAAGCACAGAGAGAGGCUCCAGUAUCUCCUGGCACAAGAGCAUCAGCAAGGAUUCAGGGCCAGGACAGAAGGCGACCAAAAUGCAACUCCGGUUCCAGCGGCUCCUGAGGACAGGCCCCUUUCCCCACAGCCGACCAUGGGGUGCAAAGAAGAGAGGUCGUACCUGGAGGAACCUGUAGAAGGGAAAGUUGUUUGGAUAAACAGGGACAACGUGGAGCAAAGGGAGAAGGCAGAGGCAGCAAGAGAAUGUCUCCUGGACACACCUCUGGACCUGUCAGAUUAUGGCAGAAGGAGUGAAAACCUGAAACCUGCCAGCUGGCACAAAUCCCCCAAACAGCGUGAGGCUGACAGUCCAAGUCCAAUCCGUACAGAAAGCCCCACUCUUCAGACAGGCCGGAGCUCCAGCGUGCUGCCAAGAGCAGAGCAUGAGAACUCCCACCUAGCCUGCAGCCAGCUCCCUGCGGCCAAACCCCUGCAAAUCGGCCACAAGACUGAGCAGUUCAGUGCCAAAGAGCAAGAGGCCCUUGCGGCACCUUUGGUCCCUUCCUCACAAGGACAGCCCGCGGGCAAGCUAACAUCUUGUGAUCCUGCAACAGAUUCAGAGAUCAGGGUGAGAGUGUCUCCUAGGGCACAGAAGCGAGAACCAGAUGCUCAAACAGAGGAAGACGAUGCAGAGUCUGUGAAGCAGGACUCGGAUGAGCCCGACACGUCGGACAGCGAGGUUUGCUUCCUUUGGCCGACACAUACACCAAGAGCAGUCCAAGUCCGGUUCCUCUUUAAGGCUGGGAAUUUCAGUGGUGAACGUUUGUGGGAGCUGGGCCCCUCUGAAGAGCCCAGGCUACUCCUGUCAGGCAGAGAUAUGCUACGGUUUCCAAUAGAAAAUGAGACGAAAAAAGCAACACAAACACUCUUUCCCCAGGCUGGAGUGGGCUCAGGUGCUGUCUCUGGGUUGCAGAAAAGUUCUGCUUUUGCUUUCUCAUGCAGUUUUUCCUGCAUGAUUAAGAUAAAAGGAAGUCACGCUCCUGCUGAGAUGGCAGGUUGCCCUCCAUCAGAUGCCCAGAUAUCUCUCUCCUGUUCCCCCCACCCCUCACUCCCCGGUUCCCAGCCUAUCAAUCACAGAUGGAGAUUCCAUACCUGAUAUCAUUUCCUGUGCCCGGUUUUGUCUGAGGAAAUUCCAGACAUGCAGCAUGACUCUUUAUAGAGACAAAAGGCUUUCUCACACCAUCGGGGUAUCCCUUGCCUUUAGCCUAGUUUGGUAACACUGGUAACAUAUUGACCUCAUGAAGAAAUACAGCACAUCCAAAGAUAAGAGGAAGAUGCUUUACUUUUCCUGGAAUAUCACAUUACAACACCCUGGUGUUUCCCUGGCAGAGAGGUGGGUCUCUUUAGCCGGACCCCCGAAUCCUGCCACACUCCCAUUGGCCAGAAACCACGGCCAAUGGGAGCUGCGGGGGUGGUGCCUGCGGGCGAAAGCAGCGCGCAGAGCCACCUGCCGUGCCUCCGCUUAGG